UAAUAUUUACAUAGUCUGCGAAAUCUAUUGCCAUAUUCGUACGAACUCGAUAAUGGUGGCACUUCCUUUUACAAUAUCCAGCAGUGACCUGAAGGAAUCAAAGACGCUUGUUCAGAGACUUGACGUGCCUGAGAGUACAAAGAACUUUGUGUUUGCAAUCAAAGUCCCUGAGCAUGAUUCCACCAUCUACUUACUCUCUGUCCACAACUUAUCUCAGAGAUCUGCUACUGACGCCGAGUGUCUCAUACGUGAACUCCGUCCUGACGCUGUUGUGACUCAGGUGAACCCUUCAGCUUUUGGAGAAGCUGAGGAGGAGAUUGUGUUAGUAGACGGCUCUACCGGUUCGAUCCCAACGUCGGUUUUUAAAGUUCUUACACGUUGUGUUUUAGACGAAAGUCUUACCAAAGCAAAGUACCAACGUAUUGCGGGGAACUUGGUUAUGGAGGAGAUUUUUGGGACAGGUUUUAAUAAGCAUCUGUUGGCUGUCGAGAAGGUGGCUGGGGAGGUUGGUUCAACGUUUGUGGUACUUGAUUCUCCUUUUGUCAUGGAAGGUCUAACUAAAUCUCUCACAACACAAGCUUACCAUGGCUCUGCUUUGAUCAAUGUUGAUCAACAAGCACUGAUGCAUAGACUCUUAUCUUCUUCGCAUAUCGAUAAAAGAAAAAGCCGUGUUAAGGUUCCAAAAUUUGCUCGUUCCACUUAUUACUUACUUGUUGAGAUUCAUAACACAUUAUUUGAUGACCUCCCAGCUAUUAGAAAGGCUCUACAGAGUGCCAAAAAGAUAUUUUCUGAUGUAGAUAAAGGGGAAUCCAUUGAUACAAAGGCUCUUACGGAAGCUUACCUAUUCCGGUCUGCAGUUGAAAGUCUUAGAGUUGCUUCGAACGAUGCCGGUCGGAUACCUAUCGAGAACCUAGGAACCGAAGUUCAGUUCUCAAAGCUCUCCUUUACGGACAAAUCUUAUGCACUUAUGGCAGUUGAGCUUCGUAGUCAGGCUAAAAAGUUUAAGAAGAUAGUAGCGGUAGUAGAUGCAGGUAACCUCGCAGGUCUUAGGAGGCACUGGAGGACUCGUGUUCCUCAACAAGUCAAAGAUAUGUCCACUGAGCAUACGGGUUUUGAUAGUAAUGAUUCAGGUGCAGGUUCGGGUGCUUUAACACUAUCCAAGGCCAUUCUUGCUUCUCCUGUCUUCAAGAUUUCAACUAUUAGAACCCCGGUGAACCCUUUCUUGACUCACAAGGCAAUGCCAUUUGCAUUUACCAAAGUGGCGUACCCCUCAACAGUAAUGAGCCUAAUGGCCCCGUGGUUUGCUAGUUCCGGAGCGCAACCAUUGUCUUGGGGGAAACCAUCUUUAUCCGCCAGACAUAUCAGCGCAUUAACAAUGUUUGGUUUAUCUUCUGCUCGACGUACUAGCUUCUCUGCCAUGAGAGCUUCAUUCUAUACGAUGAUGAUGCGGAAAAGACUAGUGAAACCUAUCGGUACCUUACCAAGGGUGGUCUUUGGAGCCAGUCUUGUAAUUUAUGCGGGAUUGCACCUCUUUGGAGACGGGAUUGAAUGUGCAGCUCUGACUCUUCCUUCAGCGUCUUCGAUUGCAAAACUUGGUCGAGGGAUUCAAAACUUACGUGAGGCGUCUCUGGACGUGACAAGGAGAGGAAACAACAGGGUACAGAACACAAGGGAUGGUCUUACUCAAAGGCUGAGUAACUUGACACUUACUAUAAAUUUCAAAACCAAAUUUGGUUCGUAAUCCAUGUAUAAACGUUGUGUCUAAUAUUUUUAUUAAUACAAAUAUUAAUUGGCAUUAACAACGAAGAAAGGGAUAUCUUUACAACACUGAUUUUUGUUAAAUACAUGCCUUGAUAACUUCAUUUGUUCUCCCUUUAAGUCUUAUCCUAAAUAAAAUCCCAUGUUUAUUGGUCGUGAAUAUCUGAAUAGUAGGAAUCACACUGACUAAAAUCAUAGAAAUUACAAGUAGAAUAAUCACCAAAAAAAAUUUUGGUACAAAUUGCAACAUCUAUUUAUAUUUACUCAGUUAUGCUAUGAAUUAUUUGCCUUAUAUAGAUUAAAUUUUUUGUCAGUUUAGUUAAUGUUAUAGUAAAGAAAAUUAUAAUUUAGUUCUUUCUUAACUUAGUGUUCGCCAUUCACCAGUUGCGAUGUCAAGAAGCUCACAUUCGUCGUCCUCUUCUUCUUCCACAGGAUAAAAACACAUCCUCACCACUUUAUACAACCCCGUAACUUUGUCUCUACCAAAUCCCAUUGCCCUCAACAAGACCAGGCAUGGCCAUCCGGUUUGGUCGUUUAAGAAAAGUCUCACCCAGUUAAAAAUAUUUGUUUCGAAGUAUGUUUGUUCGGUUUGGUUUUGAGAAUGAUUUAAUCCGAUAAUUCAGAUCAAUUCAUAGAAUAAAUUAUUUCAAGUGUUUUUUUUCGGUUAAAACUUUAACAUACAAAAGUGCAUUAAUGAUAAAACAAAAUACGCUCCACUGGAUCAUGAUGGGCUUGAAAACACCCAAACAUAACCCAGCUUUUUAGAUGACGUAAUCUCGGACAUAAACUGAAACAGAGUUUUUGAGUUCUGUCGGUACAAAAAAAAAGAAAAAAUUGUCAGCACACAAGAAAGAAUGGGGAAAGAAGAAGAAGAGAGCCCUAAUUCCAUGUGCAUACUUCCCGAGCUAAA